AUGGCACCUUGCUUCAGCGACGCGAUCAAAGAGGAUCAUAGGGAGAUCGAGUUUUAUUAUGACAAAAUCAUCCACUCUUCGGAUAAGGAGGAGCAGGUGCGCUUCCAGAAUCUUUUUACCUGGGAACUUGCCCGACACUCCAUUGGGGAGGAGCUUCUGGUUUAUCCAGUAUUCGAAAAGCAUCUCGCUGGUGGGGCCGAUAUGGCUAACAAGGACCGUAAGCAGCAUUUAAAAGUUAAAGAGCAAUUGAAGACUUUCCAGGAUAUGACACCUUCGGAUACGUUGUUCAUCCCUACUAUCAAGAAAUUGAUGGAGGACCUAUCCGAGCAUAUUAAAGAGGAGGAGACUGACGGGUUGCCUAAGUUAGAAAAAUCCUUGUCUCGAAAAGAUAGCCAGAGUUAUGCUAAGUGCUUUGGCCGAACCAAAAUGUUCGUCCCUUCGCGUUCUCAUCCUAGCGGGACACAUGGGCAUCCUUGUAAGACAGCUGUGGAACUCUUGACGGCACCCAUCGAUCAUCUCGCGGACCUCUUCCGUAAGUGGCCCGAUACUUCGGAAAUUCCCCAUCCGAGUGCGGAAUGA